GGGGGUUUGACGGCGAUAGGAAAGAAUAAGAUAAUGAGAGAAAAUAGGCGUACGCAAAAUGUGUCCUCACAUCCUGUUUUUCACUUCCUCCUCAAUGGUCGUGAAUGAACCAGUUUCGGACGGUCUGUAUGCGCAUGGAAUAUACCACAGCACAUUGUCAAUAUUGCACACGCGCCCUUUCUGUGGACACUUUACAGGCCACAUAAACUGUAGAAGACAUUUGUGCGCGGUGAAAUUCUGAAUCCGUAUUUUUCCCGCAAUAUGAGUGAUUUCUGAUAGCAAGAGGCCAGAGGGUUCUGUGGGACCUUUAAACACUUCUGACAGGAUGGAGAAGAAAGACGUGAAGAUCAUCAACCAGGGCCUGGAGGACGAGAUGGAGGUGUGGGGUUACCGGCCGUGCCCCUGGAAGAUGGUUCUGGUGGCCGUUGGGGCGGUGUGCACCGGGGGGCUGCUGUUUCUGGUGCUCUACUGGCUGCCUGAGUGGGGAGUGAGAGGGACCUGCACACGGACCCCCUUCAUCAGGGAGUCCCAGACACUGCUGCUAAGAUCCACGGACGAGUUUAGGAGAUGGUUCCGGGCCAAGGUACAUGUGAUGCUAGCCCCUGGAAAGAGACCCUUUGACGGUGUCGAUCUCCUAAGCCCUCUGCACAUACCUAAUGGGGACAGUAUACACUCCUUCAGUGCCCUCCAAGAUGAACUUCAGGGAAAAUACAUCCAUAUCCAGCCAGUUCAGGUUUGCUACUUCACCCACCACAGCACAAAAUACUACUGGAAUGAUCUGCUUCAGAAUUUUGAAGUGUUUAAAGGUUUGGAGGAUGUCAGGGUGACUUGUUCCAGCAUCCACACUGACCACAGCUCUGGUCUCAGCAAACUACUUCAGGACUACAGGAGACUGUUCUUUGAAGUGAAUGAGAUAGCAGUUAAGGUGCCAUCUGUGUUCAAGCUACUCAUAAAAGAGGUCCUGAAUCCGUUCUACAUAUUCCAGCUCUUCAGCGUGAUUCUGUGGAGCAUAGAACAGUAUUACUACUACGCCGCUGCCAUAGUCUUCAUGUCUGUCAUAUCCAUCGCUACCUCGCUGUACACCGUCAAAAAGCAAUACAUCAUGCUGCAUGACAUGGUGGCGACACACAGUAUUGUACGUGUCUCAGUGUGCAGAGGGACUCUAGAUGUCAAGGAGGCCAUGUCCACAGAGCUGGUCCCCGGUGAUGUCAUCGUCAUCCCGUCCAAUGGAAUGAUCAUGCCCUGUGACGCCGUGCUGGUUCAUGGAAACUGCAUCGUCAACGAGAGCAUGCUGACAGGUGAGAGUGUGCCUGUCACCAAGACCAGCCUACCCAGCUCAGGAGAAGAUGGGGCUGGCGUCUAUAGCAUAGAGGAACACAAGAGACACACGCUGUUCUGUGGCACUCACAUCAUUCAGACCCGCUUCUACACCGGGGAACUGGUCAAGGCCGUGGUGGUCAGGACUGGUUUCAGCACAGAGAAGGGCCAGCUGGUGCGCUCCAUCCUGUAUCCCAAGCCCACUGACUUCAAGCUGUACAGAGAUGCCUAUCUCUUCCUGCUCUGUCUGGUGGGAGUGGCCGGCAUUGGCUUCAUCUACACCAUCGUCCUCAGCAUCAUAAACCAGGUUCCAGCCAAAACCAUAGUGGUUGAAUCUCUGGACAUUAUCACCAUCACGGUGCCCCCGGCGCUGCCUGCAGCCAUGACAGCUGGCAUCGUCUAUGCCCAGCGCCGGCUGAAACGUGUGGGUAUCUUCUGCAUCAGCCCCCAGAGGAUCAACAUCUGUGGCCAACUCAACCUCGUCUGCUUCGACAAGACUGGUACUCUCACUGAAGAUGGUUUGGACCUUUGGGGGAUCCAGAGAGUUGAAAAUGGCAGUUUCUCUCCCCCAGAGGAUGACCCAGCCAAUGAGACACUAGUCAGGUCCUCGUUUGUGUCUUGCAUGGCCACCUGCCACUCUCUGACCAAGCUAGAGGGAGAACUCUCCGGAGACCCAAUGGACCUCAAGAUGUUCAACGCUACAGGCUGGAUUCUAGAGGAGCCAACAGAGGAAGAAACAGCCCUCCACAAUCCCAUAAUGCCCACCGUGGUGCGGCCACCCAAACAGGUGCUCCCAGAGGUCAACCAGGAAGUCAAUCUAGCACAGAACAUGGAGCUGUCUGAGCUGACGUUGUCCUAUGAGAUUGGGAUCGUCCGCCAGUUUCCUUUCUCGUCGGCUCUACAGAGGAUGAGUGUGGUGGUCCGGAAGCUGGGGGAGAAGCGCAUGGACGCCUACCUCAAGGGGGCGCCAGAGGUUGUGGCCAGCCUCUGCGCAGAGGACACAAUACCAGAGAGCUUCACAGAGACCUUGGAGUUUUACACCAGGCAGGGGUUCAGAGUCAUAGCCUUGGCCCAUCGCCAGCUGGAGGCCAAACUCUCCUGGCACAAGGUCCAGAACCUCAACAGAGAUCUCAUAGAGACCAAUAUGGAGUUCCUUGGGCUCAUAAUCAUGCAAAACAAGCUAAAGGAAGAGACUUCUGGGGUUUUAAAAGACCUGCGACGUGCAAACAUCCGCACUGUGAUGGUUACAGGCGAUAAUAUGCUAACCGCUAUAUCAGUAGCCAGAGACUGUGGGAUGAUAACCCCUCAUGAGAGGGUCAUCGUAGCAGACGCCACACCUCCCAAAGACACCCAGCCUGCUACGAUCAAUUGGCACUACACAGAGAACCACGCCACCAGCAAAGACAACCGUGUUGAGUCAGUGGAAAUCAGCCUUGACGAUGUGGGCCAUGAGGCUUAUGGUGAGCAGCACAAGCAGCAGGAGCAGGGCUACCACUUUGCCAUGAGUGGCAGAUCCUUUGCUGUCAUCACCGAACACUUCCCUGACCUAGUCCAAAAGCUGGCACUGCAUGCCACAAUUUUCGCCCGCAUGGCUCCUGACCAGAAGACUCAGCUGGUAGAGGUCCUACAGAGUGUGGACUAUACUGUAGGGAUGUGUGGUGAUGGUGCCAAUGACUGUGGCGCCCUAAAGAGAGCUCACAGUGGGAUCUCUCUGUCAGAGCUGGAGGCCUCGGUCGCCUCCCCCUUCACCUCCUCCAUCGCCAACAUCUCCUGUGUGCCCAACCUCAUUAGAGAGGGAAGAGCUGCUCUCAUCACCUCCUUCUGUGUGUUCAAGUUCAUGGCCCUGUACAGCAUCAUCCAGUACCUCAGUGUCACGCUCCUCUACUCUAUCCUCAGCAACCUGGGAGACUUCCAGUUCCUCUUCAUUGACGUUGCUAUCAUUCUGAUCAUUGCCUUCACAAUGAGUCUGAACCCGGCGUGGAAGGUUCUGGUGGCGCAGCGCCCCCCGUCCAGUCUAAUCUCAGGCCCUCUGCUGUUCUCCGUGCUGACCCAGAUCCUCACCUGUCUGGCCUUCCAGAUCCUGGCCUUCCUCUGGGUCCGGGGCCAGAACUGGUACGAGAAAUGGACGCCCCUCUCAGAUGCCUGUAAUGUUUCCAGUACAAAUCUCACCCAUGGUCCAAACAUAACGUCACAUGUCGACCACAAGAACAUCAGGAACUAUGAGAACACUACACUCUUCUACGUCUCCUCCUUCCAGUACCUGGCAGUGGCCAUCAUCUUCUCCAAGGGAAAACCUUUCAGACAGCCAAGCUAUAAAAACUGGCCGUUCAUGCUAUCCUGUAUGGCUCUGUACAUAUUCCUCUUCAUGAUCAUGCUGUAUCCUGUUCCUGCCAUCGACAAUUUCCUGGAGAUUGUGUGUGUUCCCCAUGAAUGGCGCAUAACAGUGGUCAUCAUUGUCCUAGUGAAUGCUGCUGUGUCUUUCCUAUUGGAGACUUUGGUCCUUGACAUCAUCUUAUGGAAGCUGGUGUUCAGUCGAGACAAGCAGGGGGGCAGCGAUGGCAUGGCCGUCACCUCCGCUACUCUCACACCUCAGUCUGCUAAUGAGCGUUGGUGCACGGCGUUCCUCUCCUGGCUGUUCUGUCGGAAGGGGAAGACCCCCAGAGUGCGCUACAUGCAAGUCGCCCAGGAGCUGCUGGAGGACCCCGACUGGCCCCCCAAACCUGCUACCGUCACCUACACCACCAGCACCCCCCACCACACUGUCAGCAUGUGACACAAAAAAAAAUAUAUUUAACCAGGCAUGUCAGUUAAUAAAAAAAUCUUAUUUACAAUGACGGCCUACCCCGGCCAAACCCUCCCCUAACCCGGACGACGCUGGGCCAAUUGUGCGCCGCCCUAUGGUACUCCUGAUCAUGGCCAGUUGUGAUACAGUCUGGGAUCGAACCAGGGUCUCCAGUGAUGCCACUAGCACUGAGAUGCAGUGUCUUAGACCACUGUGCAACUCGGGAGGCAUACAGUACCCAGUCUAGGACUUUCCAUUCCCCGGACCAGGUUUAUAACCAGUAUCAAGUAUAGUACCUUCCUUUGCCUGGACAAGUAGGGCUGUGAUGAUACCAGUAUAGCAAUAUUAUUUCCAUGGCAAAAAUGAAAACAUGAAGCAGACCAAACUCUUAGGUAUUUUAAAAACCUGCUGUAAGUAAAAUAUUGUCUGCAAUAGGCAGGUUGGUUGUUGAGUAACAAAACGGACGCGUGCGUAACUAUGAGGAAAAACUGAUGGGUUGGCUUAGAUUGUUGACAACAUGUCAACUAUAUUUAUUCUCCCAUGUUUAUUGAAAACCAAAAUCCAUUUGCACAAUGAGCACUUGUCUCUCAAAUACAUUGUAACAGUUGUUAGCUAGCUAGCGAAUUUCAGCCAUAUUAGCAUUGACAUGAAAUUAGUCAAAACACCUCAAAACAAGACAUGGUAUCAAGAAGAUGAAACUAGCUGAAAUGAGUCACUUACAGACUUCUGCCCCAUUUGAUGUGUGUGCAUCGUUUUCGUGACAUUGUCAGCUAACCCAUCUAUAGCUAGGAAAAUCAAUAAAUGUGACUGCAACAUAAGGGCUGUUUUCCUAAAGAAGUUAAAUCUGCUUCGUUUUUCCUAUCCAAGAAAAUACCAAGUAUCGCAAUACUGAUAUCGUCCCGUCCCUAGUUUAGAACCAAUAUCGAGUCUAGAGCCUUCCAUUGCCUGGACAACUGACCUGGUUUAUAACCAAUAUCGUGUCUAGAACCUUCCAUUGCCUGGACAACUGACUGGUUUAUAACCAAUAUCGUGUCUAGAACCUUCCAUUGCCUGGACAACUGACUGGUUUAUAACCAAUAUCGAGUCUAGAACCUUCUAUUGCCUGGACAACUGACCUGGUUUAUAACCAAUAUUGAGUCUAGAACCUUCCAUUGCCUGGACAACUAGCCCCAUAUCCAGGACUAAACAAAAAGAAUCAUGUGAAAUCACAUCAUGAGCUUUCAAUCAGACUGUGAUCCUGUCAACUUCUUGACCAUAACUAGACCUUAACUGCUCCGUCCUUACCCAUAACCCACAAACCACACACAGAACCCCAGCAAUAUGACUACUGACUGACAGGUUGGCCCAUACUGGGCACUUAUCACCUUCUUUUUGCUAUUAGUUUAGCCUUGGUGUCGAGGCCCAGAGAUUAUGUCUUUCCAAUACAGGGCUUGCCUUGCACUCACCACUGGUUGAUUUUUCAGCUUCACAAAGACUAAGAACUAUGGAAUCGUCCACUAACACUUUCUCACCUGCCUUGAUUGCUGCUCCAACGAAAUGUCAAGAGUUUAAAGAGAACAUGUGUGAACAGGACCGUACUGAGGGAAAUGGAGGGAUUUUUUAAACAAAUUUAUCAACACACUCAGAUUAUGCAUUUUGAAAGCACUGUGUGUGUGUUUUAAGUGUGAGUGGUACUACUGUAUUUGCCAAGAUUGAAUAACAUUCCAAUGCACCAAUAAUAUAUUGCUGGGUUUUUCUGAGAAUUUGCUACGCUUUAUGAAUGUAAUUCUUCCUGUGGAAGUAUGUGAGUGUCUGUGACUCUUGUGAAACCUGAACACUUGAGUUGAUCUGAUGCCUGGGUGUUUGUGUGUGUGUGUGUGCAGGGUUGUUUCUGCAUAGAAAAGUCUUGGGCAAGACUUAAUAAAAAUUUAUUGGGAUGGGAAAACAUUUUCGGUGUAAACUUAAAUGACCUAAACUAUAUAUAUAUAUAUAUAUAUAUAUAUAUAUAUGAUGAUCUUUGAGAACUAACAAUCACCCCAAAUAAAAUCUAGCCCGUUAGGGAGAAUCAAAAAUUCAAAAAAUGAUGCAUUCAGUAUUUUUGUCAUGUCAUGGGGCCCCCAAUGAUUUUGUUAUGUUUGAGUCACUCCGAUAGCAUAACAACGCAUAAACCAUGGCAAAAUGUGUAGAUUUGAUGAAAAUGUAUAUUGAAAAUGAUUCUUCUCUCACAUCAUGACAAAUGUGUAGAAUUGCAGGACAUUUUUUUUCUGCAGCCAAGAGGGCCUCUAAAAUGUUCAGUCGGCAACCUCACUAUUCACCACGCCCCCGUCACAGCCACGAUCCUAACCCUAAUUUUGAUCCAGAAAAAAACCUGGUGGGUGUAUGCACGUACACUCCUGUACGUAUUUAUUUGGACGCUGAAGCUAAAACGUUUUAAUUCAGCUCUAUACUUUAGCAUUUUGGAUUUAAGAUGAAAUGUUUCAUAUGAGGCGACAGUACAGCAAGUCACCUUUUUUAUUUUCAGGUAUUUUCAUAUAUAUCUUUUACCAUUUAGAAAUGAAAGCACUUUAUGAAUCUAGUCCUCCCAUUUUAAAGGGGUCAAAUACUUUAAUCUCUAAAGGAUAAAACGGAUAUCUAUGUGAAUACCCUGAAAUAAAAAGGUGACAUUCUGUACCAUCUCCUCAUAUGAAACAAUUGAUCUCUGUAGAAUAGCGGACCUAGAGUAUCCAAGUGAGGUGAUGGGUGGGAAUGAGGUGAUGUAACAUUUUGUAACAUUUAUAAACCAUUGCACCUGACCUAAAUGCUGCUUUUAUUAAAGGGAAUUAUUUUGAGAAGAUAUCACAUUUUGAUUGUAUUUUAUAUCCUCUGAGAUUAACAGCUAAUUUUAAUAUCUGUUUUUUCAAUUUGUACAGUACAUGGUUUACAACUGAUGUAUCGCCUGUAUUGUCUAGUAUACACUACCGUUUAAAGGUUUGGGGUCACUUAGAAAUUUCCUUGUUUUUGAAAGAAAAGCACACAAAAAAAUCCAUUAAAAUAACAUCAAAUUGAUCAGAAUUACAGUGUAGACAUUGUAAAUGUUGUAAAUGACUAUUGUAGCUGGAAAAAGCUUUUAUCUUUUAUUUUUAUAGAAUAUCUACAUAAGCGUACAGAAGCCCAUUAUCAGCAACCAUCACUCCUGUGUUCCAAUGACACGUUGUGGUAGCUAAUCCAAGUUUAUCAUUUUAAAGGCUAAUUGAUCAUUAGAAAAUCCUUUUGCAAUUAUGUUAGCACAGCUGAAAAUGGCUGUGCUGGUUAAAAAAGCAAUAAAAAUGGCUUUCUUUAGACUAGUUGUGUAUCUGGAGCAUCAGCAUUUGUGGGUUCAAUUACAGGCUCAACAUGUCCAGAAACAAAUAACUUUCUUCUGAAACUCGUUAGUCUAUUCUUGUUCUGAGAACUAAAGGCUAUUACAUGCAAGAAAUUGCCAAUAAACUGAACAUCUUGUACAACGCUGUGUACUACUCCCUUCACAGAACAGCGCAAACUGUCUCUAACCAGAAUAGCAAGAGGAGUGGGAGGCCCCGGUGCACAACUGCAAAAGAGGACAAGUACAUUAGAUAGACUAGUUUGAGAAACAGAUGCCUCAGAAGUCCUCAACUGUCAGCUUCAUUAAAUAGUACCCGCAAAACACCAGUCUCAACGUCAACAGUGAAGAGGCGACUCCGGGAUGCUGGCCUUCAAGGCAGAGUUCCUCUGUCCGGUGUCUGUGUUUUUUUUUGCCCAUCUUAAUCUUUUAUUUUUAUUGGCCAGUCUGGGAUAUGUCUUUUUCUUUGCAAUUCUGCCUAGAAGGCCAGCAUCUCGGGGUCGCCUCUUCACUGUUGACGUUGAGACUGGUGUUUUGCUGGUACUAUUUAAUGAAGCUGCCAGCAUUAACAAUGUCUACACUGUAUUUCAUAUCAAUUUCAUGUUAUUUUUAUGGACAAAAAUGUGAUUUUAUUUAAAAAAACAAGGACAUUUCUAAGUGACCCUAAACUUCUGAACGGUAGUGAACAUCCAAGCUUGUUGAUAUUGACCUAAACAUUUGUCAACAAUUACUUUGAAUAUAUCUCUCUGUAAAGGUCUCACCAGAAGUAUUAAAGGGAUAGUUCAGUGAAAUUAAAUAGUUCGAUAUUUGUUUCCUUACCUUUUUAAAUGUCAUGCUCAAAUCAUCUGUUAAAUAGAAUUUAUUGUUCAACGACUUGGUUUGAAAUUAUUUUAAGAUGAUUUGGGCAUCAAUAAACGGGGGAGAUUGACAUUCAUUGAUUUUUAGUCUGAAUAUGCUAAUAUUUGCCUUUGUUGGCAGUGGCUAGUUUAAGAAAACCACAAUGUGGAUUGCGGUCUCCUUGUCCAUAUACAACUUUCAAGGUAAGAAAACAAAUCGAAGUAUGUCAUUACACUAAACUAUCCAUUAAAUGCCUUACUGAUAGUCAGAACCACAAAAAAAAAAAGAAAAUGAAUUGUUACGAUUGUUUACUUUUAAUUACUUCCUUUCCAUUGUGAUUACAACUCACAAAGAAUGUGUGAUUUGCUGAAAAUGUCUACAAUAAUGAUAUUUUCUCUUGUGUUUGCUCUGUAGAGAGGAUUGCAUAAAUGCCUUCUUCCAUUCUGACAACUUAACUCAACCAUUCCAUUUGCCAAUAAAUCUAUAUAUUAAAACA